UCCUUACAUCUGGCAUUCCCAUCAGAGUGCCCCUUUACCUCAGGUUUCUGCAUCAGAAGGCCCCCUUACAUUUGGUGUCUCCCGUCAGUGUGCCCCCUUACAUCAGUUGUCCCCAUUAGAGUGCGCCAUUAUAUAAGGUUCCCCUAUCACGGGUGCAACUUUACAUCAUGUAUCCCCAUCUCAUCAGGUGUGCCCAUCAGAGUGCCCCUUUACAUCAGGUGUCCCCAUCACAUUGCCACCUUACAUCAGGUAUUGCUAUCAGAUACCUCUUUCCAUCAUUUCCCCAAUAGAGUGCCCCUUUACAUCAUCAUACUCCCCAUCAGAGUGCCCCUUUCCAUCACAUGUGCACAUCAGAGUGCCCCUUUCCACAGUAUGUGCCCAUAUGUGCCCCCUCAACAUAACAUGUGCCCAUCAGAGUGCACCAUUAACAUA